CCCCCAGACCAGCCCUGACAUUUAGUCAAAUAUUUUAAACAGUUCCCCUCCCCUCUGAGCAGGAAACUCGCUGCACUGCAGGUAAAUACUAUUUACAGACAGGCUCAUAGCCUCACACACGCCGUUUGUUGUCUCAUUCCCCAAACACGCAGAAAACAGAAUCAUUUAUUGCCUACAGCAUAGGACCGUGAUGGACCUGGACAUCAAAUGCUGUGAGGGCUGGCAGGGCCUGGUGGCCAGAGUGCUGGGAAACCCAGUACACAUGUUCCCUCUAUAUGGGGCUCCGGGAUCCAAGGGGCGGAUGGUUCUGUGAGUUGCGAGUUGUUCCUGCUUGUCUUCCAUCCCCCGGCCCUCCCCAGUCACUCUGAUUAGCCAGCUAGGGCAGGGCCUUGUAUAAAGUCACACACGCAAACCCCAGAAGAAGGAAAAAGGGCACCUGCGUGUACAACGAGCUGGGUGGCAGAGGCUGCGCCGGGGUAAGGCUUCCUUCAUGCAGUUGGGAGUCUGGCCAUGUGGGGACAUCAGGAGAUGCCAUCCCACAGAAUUGGUGGCUAGGCUGUCCUGGGUGUGGCCGAGAGAGGCCCUGGUCCCAGCGCUCCUUUCAUUCUGGUCCUUUCUGAAAUGGUUUGGAUUUUUAAAAAACCAUGAGCAUUUAUUACUUUUGCAAUAAAAAGAAAAAGAUGCCCUUUUAAAAGAAAAGAGGAGGGUAGAAACAAGGAAGUCGGCUUGCUGCUUGAAAGAGUCAAGUCCUAGAGGCCACCUCCUCGACAGGAGGCGUAGGUGCGCUGGGGCAUUCAGAAUGCGAAUGGCAGGUGGGCCUGGGUCUUCACAACUCAGCAUCCGUAGGGCAGACAGGCAUGCACAGAUGGUACCAGGAGUCACUAUUUCUGAGGACCCAGGCUGGGUCAGUGCCUGCCAGUGUCAUGUUCCUGAUUUAAGGGGCCAGCCUGGACACUGACCAGGGGAGAACUGGGCUGUGAUCCUUGACCCUCAGGCCCUCCACUCAUAUCAAAUGGACCCUCUUGGGACUAGAGCCCCAGAAGGCAAUGGCUGUGUGGGGUCCACCUUCACUAUAGCCCUGGCCAUCAGUCAUCCCAAGUUAGAGCCUGGCUGCCCAUGCAGUGCCGCUGUGGAGGCACAGGAAGGCGGUGCUCAGUCUGAAGGUGGUUCAAGUCCGUACCUUGACUGAGUGCCCCCAUGCAACCCUCACCCACCUGACAGCUGGGCCGGUGGUGCCAGCUAAUGGCUCCCUAGGUUUCUCCUAAAUCAGACGUGGCCAAAGCAAAACACUGAGCACAGAGCUUGCCUGUCAUGGCUUGGAGCAGUGACUUCCUCAAGAGCUCAGGGCUGAGGAGCUGGCUCCAGACAGCUUGUUGCCAGUGUUCAACAACAUGACCCCACUCCUGGUUACUGAUCAACCCGGUGUGCUCUUGAGAGUACUCCCACCAGGCCUCUGGGUCAAUACUACUGUUAUUGUUGCUAUUGUUAUUGCCAGGCCCCGCCCUCCUAAAGCAUUUGCAUGUUUUCAUCCUUAAUCACAGAACCAGAAUCACUAUCUUCCAGAAGAGAAAACUGAGGCCCAGGAGAAGGCAAGAGGUUAUGCUGUGCUCCCAGGGCCUUCCUGGGCUCGCUGCGGCUUUGAGCUCCAGCUCUCUCAGCUAGACAAUGAGAACCGCGGCCCACGCGCCGCACAGUAAAGGCCCAAAAUGCUAUGAUGGAGGGUGUGGGCCACCGGCUGCAGAGCCCUCCAUGCCACAGAGCAUGUCCGGCUGGGAGAAAGGAGCAGGCUGAGGCCUGCAGCAGAGCGCGGGGUUGGGGACCGCUUCUGCUGGGCCCCAGCCUGGCUACCUGAGGCCCCUGCCCCAUUCCUGCCGCUCACCACCUGCCUGCCCCUAGCCUCUGUUCCAGCUCUGCGCGCCGCGCCCGCAGCCUCCCCAGCCGUCGGCCGGGCUCUCUGCUGCCCUCUAGCGGCCCGAGCGCACGAUGCCGAGCUCCGCGCCUGAGGCCCCGAAACGCCGCGUCCGCCCGGCGGUCACCUCACGGGAACAAGAGCCAGGCUGGGGACCGCAGCGGGAGGGGGCUGGGGCUGGGGCUGUGCUCUGAGGACUGCAAUAUACAGUCCGCGCAAGCACCCAGCAAACGCUGCUGCGCUUACUGGGUUACUUACUAGAUGACUAUUCUCUGGGGAAACAGAACCAAAGAAAGUAAGUGUACGCGCGCGGGAGAUGCAGGAAGGGGGGUCCUUGCCCGAAGUCACAGAGGGACAGGGGCACCGCCGGGACCAGAACCCCGACGCCCUGCGGCCGCCAAGCAAGCGGCAUUGGAGGAGUCCGAGCGCCUCCAGCCUCAGCCCGACCCUGGACUGUUUCCCCCAAGUCUCCGCGCCCAGAGGGCAGGAGCCGGGCAGCGGGCGACGAGGGCACCGGGGCUGGGAGCGGGUGCGGGGGAGGCGGGCCCCGCGGGACGUGACGCACCGAGCUGGGAGGGCCGGGGCGGGGCGGCAACGCAGGCUGCAUAUAAGGGCGGCGGGCGGGCGCCAAAGCCAGAGCAAGCCGCCUUUGCCCAGAGCUUGGGAGAACCCGAGCCGAGCCGAGCCGAGCUCAGCUUAGCCUAAGCCCAGCCCAAGUGGAACCGGAGCCCCAAGCCCGAGCCGCGCCCAGCCCGAGCAGAGCCCUCCGGCCGCUCACCCGCGCUCCACCCCAGCGACCCCCGGCGGCUCUCAGUCCUCUCGGCCCCGUGCCCGCCCUCGCGGCCCCUCUGCCCAAUGAAACUGGCCGCGAUGAUCAAGAAGAUGUGCCCGAGCGACUCGGAGCUGAGUAUCCCCGCCAAGAACUGCUAUCGCAUGGUCAUCCUCGGCUCGUCCAAGGUGGGCAAGACGGCCAUCGUGUCGCGCUUCCUCACCGGCCGCUUCGAGGACGCCUACACACCAACUAUCGAGGACUUCCACCGCAAGUUCUACUCCAUCCGCGGUGAGGUGUACCAGCUCGACAUCCUCGACACAUCCGGCAACCACCCGUUCCCCGCCAUGCGGCGCCUCUCCAUCCUCACAGGAGACGUUUUCAUCCUGGUGUUCAGCCUGGACAACCGCGACUCCUUUGAGGAGGUGCAGCGGCUCAGGCAGCAGAUCCUCGACACCAAGUCUUGCCUCAAGAACAAAACCAAGGAGAACGUGGACGUGCCCCUGGUCAUCUGCGGCAACAAGGGUGACCGGGACUUCUACCGCGAGGUGGACCAGCGCGAGAUCGAGCAGCUGGUGGGCGACGACCCCCAGCGCUGCGCCUACUUCGAGAUCUCGGCCAAGAAGAACAGCAGCCUGGACCAGAUGUUCCGCGCGCUCUUCGCCAUGGCCAAGCUGCCGAGCGAGAUGAGCCCGGACCUGCACCGCAAGGUCUCGGUGCAGUACUGCGACGUGUUGCACAAGAAGGCGCUGCGGAACAAGAAGCUGCUGCGGGCCGGCAGCGGCGGCGGCGACCCGGGCGACGCCUUCGGCAUCGUGGCACCCUUCGCGCGCCGGCCCAGCGUACACAGCGACCUCAUGUACAUCCGCGAGAAGGCCAGCGCCGGCAGCCAGGCCAAGGACAAGGAGCGCUGCGUCAUCAGCUAGGAGCCCCGCCGCGCCAGCGACACAACCUAAGGAGGACCUUUUUGUUUAAAAGUCAAAUCCAACGGCCCGGCACGCUCCGUGCGCCCCGGGCCGCGAGCGCGCGGACUGGCGUCUCCCCUCCCCGCGAUUCGCCCCCAGCACUGGGGAGGCGCCACUGAAUCGAGAAGGGACGGUCAUCUGCUCCGGAAGGAAAGAGAACUGGCCAAGACACAUCCCCCCCACCCCCGUUCCCCCAUUGGCGCCAGCCACCCCCACAACUUGGGGGGCGAGGGCCCAGCUGAGGGUGGAUUUGUCUUCUCAAAGACCUAAGAGUGAGCGCGGGGUGGGGGGGAUGUGAAGUUAUCCAGCCUCUGUUAGGCUUCAAGAAACCGUCCUGCCCGCUUGCGGGUCAGGACCCAGGGGCAUUAUCUUGUCUGUGAAUCCGGGUUGCUGUGACAGCCGGCAGAGCCUCUGCCCUCCCGAAACUAAGGGGGCCGGGGGUCAAAUCAUAGCCAAGUGACUCGUUUACAUGUGAGUGAAACUGCACAAAGGAACACAAAACAAAACUUGCACUUUAACGGUAGUUCCGGUGUCAACAAGGACACGAACAAAACCUUACCCAGGUGUUUAUACUGUGUGUGUGUGAGGUCUUUAAAGUUAUUGCUGUUGUUUUUUAAAUAUACAAUAAAAUAAUUUAAAAUGGAAAA